AUGGAGCAGUCGAAUGGCAAUCGUAGAUCGGACCAAGAGAAGGCUGACUUCCUGCAGCAUCUGCAGUGCAUUCAGUCGACGCCUACUCCAGAAACGCUCGUCAGUGGUGCUGAGGCUCUGCGCCAGAAGCGCAAGCUCUACGCCAUUGAGGAGCGUGAGGAGAGUUCGCCGAUGACUGUGAGCGAGGCGGAGACUCCCUUGGUGCCCGAUGCGGCCUACGACGCUGAUGUGGAUGAUUUUGUAGAGUUGGUCAGCGAGCGGGAACAAAUCUACGAGCUGUUUCAGCCCUGGGCGCUGAAGACCUACGGCGAUCAGGCAAAGACCAAAACGAUAACAUUACGAAAGAAAGCGCGCAUAUUAAAGGCGCUGGAGGGCAAGGAGCACAGUCGACCAGAUAGCUCCAAAUUUCGGUUUUGGGUGAAGACGAAGGGCUUCACCACAAAGCGCCCUGAAGGCUUUGAGGAGGCGCCCGGUAGUCGACGUAGGUUGCAGCCGCUGCCCGCAACUGCAAUAUUGUCGGACCAUCCGGGCGCUGUAGAUCUGUUUGCGGCCUCGGCGAGCAAAGACUUUGGCCGUCGCAUUUAUCGUAAGGUGGCGUGUGUGGAGGAGUUCUUCGACAUCAUCUACAAUGUGCACAUGGAGCUGGGCGGACGCAGUGGCAUGCAUGCGGGUCAGAAGCGAACCUAUCGAAUUAUCACCGAAACGUAUGCCUUUCUGCCUCGAGAGGCUGUCACGCGUUUUCUAACCAUCUGCCCCGAGUGCAAGAAGAACUUGCGUCCCUCGUCGCCGGCCACAGCCAGCCAGGAGCUGGGCGGCAAUGAGAGCUCCUCGGAAGUGGAGAAUUUGAAUUACUCCUCGCACACAGAGAGCUCCCUAGAAGCAGGUCCCACGGCCAAGCGACGUCGUCACUCGAGCGCCGAAGUCAAGGCACACACACCGCUGCCCACUGCAUCGAUCAGCAGCAGCAGCAGUGUCACCCAGCUGGAUGCUGUGGCUCGUGCCGCCAGCCCCCUACCCACUGCUAGUGCCAGUCCCAAAUCCCAAUCAAAUCCCAGUACCCAUCCCGUCGAAACUACGCCGGUCAGUGUGCCAAAAAUUCGUGUCAAAGCGCAGCUGCAACGUCCCUUCAGUCCAACAGCCAGCACAGGUGCCCCUUCACAGCCCUCUCAGCCCACACAGUUGACACCAGCUCCUCUGCUACCUCCGCAUGGCUUUGACAUGCAGCUCUUCAAGUCGCACGAUAAUCUGUUGCGCUACUAUGACUUUAUGCGCCGCUUCUAUUCCGGCGGCAACUUGAAUGUGUUGCUCAAUCAACCGGUUUUAGCGCCGCCCUUAUAUGGCAGCAGCUUGCUACAGGGCCUCACUUUUCCCAACACCACAACCACGACAACCACCACCACCACCCCUUGCAAUACUUCCACAGGCAACAACAACAACAUUGCUCAGCCCAAACAGGCACCUCCCAAGGCAGCUUCCCCUGUCUUGUCCGCUAUGCCGUCUUUGAAAACUUCCCCCGGCAGCACACAGCGCGCACACUCACCGGCCCCUUCGACGAUCCUUUCCACCAAUGCUAACGUCCCGCCAUCCUCUACACAUACACCGAUAAAUCUAACAAAAAAUUUGUUUUCCAGCUCAAAGAAUGGGACGCCUGUAGCGACAGCAUCGACCGUCUUGCCCACCACCUCAACACCCUUGGCGGUCGGCCCGCUUAAGUUGGAGUUGCCGAGUCCGCCAAAACCGUUGCCAGAGUUGCGCAUACCACAACCGCAGCGUAGUGCUGCCCCAGUGGAGUUGCCACCGCUGGACCUGGAACGCCUAAAGCCCAUCACAUCCACAUACUUGCAGCUUACACGCAGCAUGGGUCUCAGCGAUGAGGAUGCCUUGCGGUUUGAUAACUUGGAAACCAUACCAGCAACACCGGUGAGCAACACCGAGACAAGCAGCGUCGGUGCUGGCAGCGGCAUUGGCGGUGGCGGCGGCGGCGGCAGCGACAUCGGCAGCACCGAGUCCGAAGCCUAUGCGGGCCUCAUGAAGGAUGCCGAUAAGCUGAAGCUGAUGUUGCUGGCGUGGAACUAUCAGAACUCGACGGCAGUGCGCAACGGCACCGAGGGUCCUGAUCUGAGCGUGGUGGGCGGCUUGUGGGCGCAAUAUCAGAAUGCGCUGGCGCAGAAUGCCGCUGCAGCAGCGGCGGCCAGCGUUAAAAUGGACAGCUCCCUGUCACCGGUGCCCCGUCAGGAUACCAAUUCACCGAUGGAGGCACAGGAUGAGACCAAUUCGUCGGGCCAAAAGGAAGAGGAUGAGGUAUCAGAGGACGAUUCGGAUGACAAGCUGGAUGAGAAGCUGGCCACCCCACACGAUCCCGAGCGGUUGAAGGCGUUCAAUAUGUUCGUGCGAUUGUUUGUGGACGAGAAUCUGGAUCGCAUUAUUCCAAUCUCCAAGCAGCCAAAGGAAAAGAUACAGGCCAUCAUUGAUUCGUGUGCUCGACAGUUUCCCGAGUUCAGCGAUCGCUCGCGAAAACGGAUUCGCACCUAUUUGAAGUCCUGUCGCCGCAACAAGAAAACCCGCGACGGCUGGGAGAAUACGACCCGUCCCACACCCGCGCACUUGACAUCGGUGCAGGCGGAACAAAUUCUGGCCAUUGCCUGCGAGAACGAGUCCAUGAAUGCGAAGCGCAUGCGCAUUGGCCUCGAGCCCAUCACACAUGCGGUUCCGGCGCCGGGCAGCGCAGUCGCCGCUGCAGCAGCAGCGGCCGCCGCCGCAGCUGUGGUGGCCGCCACCAGCUCCAGCGCCGGCACAAGCACCGCCAGCUCCAAUUCCACCGUCACAUCCGCCGUAUGCGGCGCCGAUGCCGCGACGCUGACCAGCGUAGCCGCCGCUGCUCUGCCCUUCGUCAGCGCCGUUGGCUUUGCGCGCUCCACACCCAAUUCCGAGCACGCCGAGGCCCUGCCCUUCGGCAGCGCCGCCAAUGUGGGUGGCAGCGCCGGCGGCGGCAGUGCCGGGGGUGGUGGCAUCAACUCGGCGCGCAGCUCACCCCUCGCCCUGAGCUCCAAUGCCAGUGUGAGUGGCGGGGCCAGCGUAACGGGCCUGACGCUGCCCAAUGGCGGCGGAGCAUCGAAUGGUGCGUCAGCUGGCUUGGCAGGACUACCCGCGAGCAGUCCGUUGUACCGACCCACAGAUUUCAAUUCACCCUCGGCGGCAUCACCGUUUGUAGCCGCCGCAGCGGCCGCAGCUGUGGCGGCCGGACGCGCGCCCAACUAUCCCGGCUAUUUCCCGGGCGUUGCCGGACUGGGCAAUGCUACGCCCACCGAUCUCUCCAUGAAACCAACCACGCUCAAUAGCGCCAACAGCCUGACAGGCAACAGCAACAACAACAAUAACAACCUCAAUGCCAUGGCCAAUAGCCUUAACAGCCAGCUGAGUGCCGCCAACUUGGCCAAUCUGAGCAAUGCGAACAACAACAAUGCUCUGGUGACGGCCACACAGCAGCUGCAGCAGUUGCAGCAACAACAACAACAACAGCAGCAGCAACAACAACAACAGCAGCAGCAGCAACAGCAGCAACAACAACAGCAACAACAGGUGGCGGCGCUGGGAGUGGGUGCCGGGGCCCAACAGCUGGGUGGCCUGGAUCCGAAUGCGGCGCGUGCGCCGCCCCUGCUGCCCCACAAGCUCAGUCCGAACGAGGUGACAGCGGCACGGCAGGUGAUCUCCGCGUAUCGCGAGAGUGCCGCCUUUCUUCUACGUACCGCCGAUCAGGUGGAGCAGCUGCUCGUGCAGCAGCAGUAA